UAAUCUGCUCAUUUAGAAAAUAGGUUACGAAAAUGAAGUUGUUGUGGUGUGUCUUGGUACUCGCAGCUUUAGUGCUGGCUGAUGAGAAUGAAGGAUCCUCAGAGUCCUCAGAGUCCCAAGAGGUCCCAGAGCUGCCAUUAGCAGAAGAGUGUGAUGAAGAAUUGUGCAAGGUACCUGACUGCAGAUGUUCUUCUACUGAAAUUCCUGGAGGGCUCUUGCCAAGGGACACGCCGCAGUUCGUCACAGUCACAUUCGAUGAUGGUGUCAAUGUCAUAAACAUCAACACAUACAGGGAAGUUCUGGACGGUCGCCAAAACUCCAACGGAUGUCCAGCUGGUGCUACCUUCUACGUCAGCCAUGAAUACACCAACUACAGAAUCGUUAACGAACUUUAUAACAAUGGUUAUGAAAUUGCUCUGCACUCCAUCAGCCAUAAGAUUCCACAAGACUGGUGGGCGACAGCUACUUACGAUGAACUGAAAGAAGAAAUUGCUGAUCAAAGAACUCAAAUGGCUCACUUCGCUAAUAUUCCUUUCGAAAGCAUUAAGGGUGUCCGUUUGCCAUUCUUGCAAUUAGCUGGCAACACAAGCUUCCAAGUGAUGGCCGACCACGACUUACUCUACGACUGCUCUUGGCCCACCAACACUUUCACAGACCCUGGUCUUUGGCCAUACACCCUGGACUAUGCUUCGGACCAAGAUUGCAUGAUUCCUCCUUGCCCAACUGCUUCCAUUCCGAAACCUUGGGUUCUACCCAUGGUUUCCUGGAAAGACUUAAAUGACUUCCCGUGCGCAAUGGCUGACUCCUGUUUUUACACUCCUGACAUGGAAGACGAAGAAGCCUGGUUCCAAUUCAUCGUGUCAAACUUCGAGAGGCACUAUCUUGGCAACCGCGCCCCUUUCGGCUUCUACAUCCACGAGUGGUACCUGAGUGCCAACCCCGCUGUGAAAUCUGCCUUCAUCAGAUUCCUCAACCUGAUCAACAGUCUGCCUGAUGUCUUUAUGGUGAACUCCAGUGAAGUGAUUGACUGGGUGAAGAACCCUGUUCCUUUAACCGAGUACAGAGCCAAGCCUUGCAGAACAUGGAGUGCCGCUGCCUGCCCCGUGUCUCUCUGUGGCAACGUGCCUUCUGAACAUAAUCAGAUGACAUACUGGCUCGAAGCUUGUAACGUCUGUCCCAGAGUUUAUCCUUGGACCGGCAACCCCCUCGGCUUGUGAAAAGUUUAGUAAUUAAUUUUAAAAAUAUAUUUAUUGUAUAAGGAAUUAUGAAGAAAUAAGAAAGUAUGUUUAACAUGAAAAGAGAAUGAGAAUAUUUAAUAAAAUGUGUAACGAUA